CAACUAAAAUAGAAUGUAAACGUGGCUAGCUUCUCUUUUAACGUAUGUGUUCGAAUUUUUAUGUUAUUAGUUGUCAGAUAUAAUUCAAUUCUCACCGCGCUUAGUAUUAAAACAUGUUAAAUAAGGUAAAUAAUUCAGAUAAAAUAUGAAAAAACAAGGAAAAAUCAAUGAUUUACGAAGAUUACAUUUAUAUUAAUAAUAAUAAUAAUGAAUAAGUUGCAGCAAUUUAAUGGACAAACACUAAAAUAUGUCAGCUUAGUUACAUUGACUCUUCAAAAUGCAUUGGUUGGACUUAGUAUGCGUUAUGCGCGGACUAGAUCUGGGGAUCUCUUCAUAUCAUCUACAGCCGUUGUUAUGUCAGAGUUUUUAAAACUAUUGACAUGCUUGGUUUUGGUCUAUAUCGAAGAAGGUGAACUAUUAAAAUUUUAUAAUGCCUUAAAACAAACCAUUAUAAAAGAACCAGUAGAUACUUUAAAAGUAUGCGUACCAUCAAUUUUAUAUAUCAUACAAAAUAAUUUACUUUAUGUGUCAGCAUCAAAUUUAGAUGCAGCAACAUAUCAGGUGACUUAUCAACUCAAGAUUUUAACAACAGCUUUUUUCGCUGUAGUAAUUCUUCGAAGAUCAUUAAGAAAUACUCAAUGGAGCGCGUUAAUACUUUUAGUUAUAGGAGUAGUAUUAGUACAAUUAGCACAAAGCGGAACAACAGUUACAUUACCAUCGGGUAUACAACAAAAUCAUUUACUUGGCUUCACAGCGGCCUUAAGUGCAUGCUUUUUAUCAGGUUUCGCAGGCAUAUAUUUUGAAAAAAUUCUUAAAGGAUCUGAUAUAUCUGUCUGGAUGAGAAAUGUUCAAUUGAGUUUAUUAUCUUUACCCUUUGGAUUAAUUACUUGUUUUUUAAAUGAUGGUGACAUUAUUAAAAAACAAGGCUUCUUUUUUGGCUAUGAUUCAUUCAUUUACUACUUGGUAGUACUUCAAGCAGGCGGUGGACUUAUUGUUGCUAUGGUAGUAAAGUAUGCGGAUAAUAUACUCAAAGGAUUUGCCACCUCUUUGGCAAUCAUAAUUUCGUGCAUAGCUUCCAUUUAUUUAUUCGAUUUUCAUUUAACAUUUCAAUUUUCUUUUGGUGCAUUUUUAGUAAUUUGUUCAAUAUUUUUAUAUAGUUAUCAGCCCAAAAAAACUAUUGAUAAACAUUCUUCUAUAGACAAAUCUGAUGUAUGAUAUAAUUGUCAUUUUUUUUAUUAAAAAAGAAAAUUCAUAUUUACGUGAAUACUUAGAAUAAUCAUUGUUGUAAACAUGGAUUAUGUAAACAUAUUCAAAUUAUUUCUUUGCAAUAUAAAUAAUCAAAUCAGAUAUAUCAAAGAUUUUAUGACCUUAGCAAAGAUUAAUGAAUUAUGACAUUUUAAUGAAAUUAGUUAACUUUCAUAACUGGUAUAUUUUUAUAGGAGAAUAUAAUAAAUAUAUAAUCACGUAAAAAAGUAAAAUUCGACAUAAAUACUUUCUUUAUACUACACAGUAUAUUGUUAUAAAUGUCAUAUAUAUGCAUAAGUGUAAAAAAAAAAAAAAUAGAUUUGAUUAGAUUGUAAAGAUGAUAAAUCCUUAUGAAUUAAGAUCAUGGCCUUGAGUUUUUAAAAUUAUUAAUCAUUGCUCGAAAUAGAAAGAUAUUUUUCUGCAUUAAGAAUUGAGCGAAUUGCAAUUUGAAAAAUCUUUGUAAUGCAGAAUACAAAUUCAUCUAUAAAAAUCAUGUUUAUUUUUGAGAUAAUUAAAUUAAAAAAUCAAAUUUUUUAUACUUAUACUUUUUAUAUAUAAUCUCAUU